AUGUUAUCGAAAAUACGAAAACCAGGUCAUGUCAUACCAACCAUUUUACUAGCGACGAAGGUCGUUCGCGCUAUUGACCUCAAUCUCGAUGACACAGACUCCAUAAAAUCCGCAGCCAAAACAGCAGCCACCGAAAUGAUGACCUACUACACCGGCUACCGACCAGGCGACAAUCCCGGAAACCUACCAGAUCCAUACUACUGGUGGGAAGCAGGCGCAAUGUUUGGCGCUCUAGUCGAUUACUGGGCGUACACCGGCGACAGCACCUGGAACAACAUGACCACGCAAGCCCUGCUUUGGCAAGCAAGCCCCGACGCGAACUUUAUGCCCAAGAAUCAAACCAUGACGGAAGGAAAUGAUGACCAGGCGUUUUGGGGUAUGGCAGCCAUGUCUGCGGCUGAGCGAAAUUUCCCAAAUCCACCUCCCGAUCAACCGCAAUGGCUGGCGUUGGCGCAAGCGGUUUUCAAUUCGCAAGCGGCUAGAUGGGAUCCCACGACGUGCGGUGGCGGCUUGCGAUGGCAGAUAUUUACCUGGAAUAAGGGAUACGGUUAUAAGAAUACCAUCUCGAAUGGUGGCUUCUUUAAUAUCGCGUCUAGAUUGGCGAAGUAUACUGGAAAUCAAACGUAUGCCGAGUGGGCUGAUAAGACGUGGCAGUGGACAGUCGAUGUUGGGUUUCUCACGCCCGAAUAUCGGUUUUGGGAUGGAGCGGAUGACGCGACGGACUGCAAGAAUUAUAACCUGAUUGAAUGGACGUACAACUCAGGAGUAUAUCUGCUGGGUGCAGCGAAUAUGUAUAACUAUACCAACGGUAGUGACAUUUGGAGAGACCGCACACUUCAUAUCCUCAACGCAACAAACGUUUUCUUCAGCACAGACCCUGAAAAGGUGAUGUACGAACGUGCCUGCGAGCCCGUAGGAACCUGUCAAGUCGAUCAAAAGUCCUUCAAAGCACACCUUGCCCGCUGGAUGGCAGCGACCACUCAAAUGGCUCCAUUCACCUACGAUAUCAUAAUGCCUCGACUACGCACAUCAGCCCUCGCAGCAGCAAAGACCUGCACGGGCGGUCCCAACGGAACCAGCUGUGGACUGAAAUGGACCGAACAAAAAUGGGAUGGUAAUCGAGGUGUGGGAGAACAGAUGAGUGCUCUGGAAGUGAUUCAGAGUAAUCUGAUCCAUGAAGUCGCGCCGCCUGUCACAGAUGCGAAUGGUGGCACGAGCAGAGGUAAUCCUGCUGCUGGUUCGGGACCGAAUGGUCGUCCCAGUGGCAGCGGUGACGCGUCGCAGGGAAAGUCGGGUGAUUUCAGAACUCGGGAGAUUACGACCGCGGACAGGGCUGGAGCUGGGAUAUUGACGACUUUGUUUCUGGCAGGUGUUGUUGGGGGAACGGGGUGGAUGAUUUAUGAAAAGUGA